CCAAUCAUUCGCUCGACGAUCCUUAAGCCCGAAGGUUUGGUACCCCGGUUCCUCAAGUGCGACACGUCGCUGUAUCAACACGCCUAAACCCUCGCCCGUUUCCCCAUCGCUCAUUCCGACAAGUAGAAAACACAACAGAUAUAAAUAAAAAUAUAGUAGAAGCUGAAAACACCCUGUGCACACAAGGAUCAGAAGUUUUCGUUUGCAGAAGUUCCGUGCGGAAAUCCUCGCUGCAGCUAAAAGGACGAUGACUUUUCAAAGAUGCGCUUUCGUCGUGGGAAUUUUUAUCUGCUAUUCGGCGAGCUUGAUACAUGCCGAUUUUCCCAGAUUGCGAGAGGGAAGGCAGAUGAACAUCGGUGAGAUCUGCCUGCAAUAUCCGUUUCAUCCUCAAUGCCGGGGAAUUCAAAGUAAAAGAUCGUCGUCUCCAACGAACGAAGUUGACUAUCGUACCGCACACAGACUCGAGGAUCUCUUUGGAAUGACCGACAGCUCAAGGAAGUCUUCUCAUUCCUCGCGAUCCGGCAACAAUAUCGACAACAACUACGACAGAUCGAGACUUUUGACUGCACUACUGGACAGGGGCUUGAAUCCCGACGUAGUUUACGACUGGUACAUGACCCAAGUCCAGGAGAAAAAUGGCGGGAACAAAGGACAAUUCAACGAAGACAAUUUUCCGGGAAGUAGCGUGAUCGGCGAUGACUAUUAAUUUUUUAACAAUGAGCUCGUGUAAUCUACCUACGAAUCAAUUUUUUCGAUACUCAACAACAAUAUUCUUGUAUAUAUACACGUACAACUUGUCCUGCAAGCUUUCUGAAAGAAUUCUAAAAAUUGAAAACCAAAAAAUGACGAACGUGUACGUAAACGUAUAAUUGUAUAACCUGUUAUAAUUGGCAUCAUUAAAGCGAAUCGGUACCCAUGAUAUGAAACUAUUAUAUAUAUAUAUAUACAUGUGUAUAUUAUAUAUGUUAUGAUUGUUAUGCUGUUUCUGGAAUUGACAAGUAUGGAGGGUAUGUUAUAACGUUAUUGCAUAUAUUACUCUGCCACAAAUGUCGUAGAGAGAGUACCGACCUCGUUCAGUCGAAAAAUUUGAAACUGUAUUUAAGGCAGGCAUGGAAAAAGGGGGGGACAAGGCGAGAAAUACUGCGCAGUAAGCGAACUGCUUUAAAAAUUUUCGAAAUCACCAAUAUCUUGUAGGAUAAGGCUUUCGAGAGUCUGGAUUGAGCUGAACAAUACAUGACAAUUACUAUGUCACAAAUAAAGUCGAAGAAGAGCAACAUUUAGACCUAAACCCUUUUUCCAAAUAUGUAUCGAGGUUUGUACGUGAAAUAAAUCGACUUCUGGCUGUUGGACAUGAAAUGAAUU